AUGGCUCAGAACUACGACGUCGGUACGAGGGCGUGGCAGCCCGAUGCCACCGAGGGCUGGGUGGCCUCAGAGGUUGCCAGCAAGACCAUUGAUGGUCCCAAAGCGAAGCUUGUUUUCCAGCUCGAUAAUGGCGAGACAAAAGAAAUCGAAGUCUCCGUCGAAGCCCUGCAGAACGGCGAUUCAUCUUUACCCCCCCUGAUGAACCCGACCAUGCUCGAAGCAAGUGACGACUUGACAAAUCUGUCCCAUCUGAACGAACCUGCCGUCCUCCAGGCAAUUCGUCUUCGAUACGCUCAGAAAGAGAUCUACACCUACAGUGGCAUUGUUCUGAUAGCAACAAACCCAUUCGCCAGGGUGGAUUCGCUCUAUGUUCCGGGAAUGGUUCAGGUUUAUGCUGGCAAACAGAGGGCGACACAGGCGCCCCAUUUGUUCGCCAUCGCCGAAGAGGCUUUCAUGGACAUGUUGAGAAGCUCCAAAAACCAGACCAUCGUUGUUUCGGGUGAAUCUGGUGCUGGUAAAACCGUCAGCGCCAAGUACAUCAUGCGGUACUUUGCCACGAGGGAGGCCCCCGACAACCCUGGCGCCCGAUCCAAGAAGGGCGCCGAGGCGAUGAGCGAAACUGAGGAGCAAAUUCUUGCCACGAACCCCAUCAUGGAGGCAUUUGGAAACGCGAAAACGACAAGAAAUGACAACUCAUCUCGAUUUGGCAAAUACAUUGAGAUCAUGUUUGAUGACAAGACGAAUAUCAUUGGCGCCAAGAUCCCUCGUCGCCGGCGCUUCCGACAGGAGCGCGAAGAGCUCAACAUUCUUCCGAUUGAGCAGUUCGACUACCUGAACCAGGGUAACUGCCCAACUAUUGAUGGGGUUGACGAUAAGGCCGAAUUCGAAGCGACCAAAAGUUCCCUGAAAACCAUCGGCGUUACGGAUGCGCAACAGUCGGAAAUCUUCAAGCUACUUGCCGGCCUGCUACAUCUUGGCAACGUUAAGAUUGGCGCAUCGCGCAACGACAGCGUGUUGGCCCCGAGUGAGCCGUCUCUCGAUCGAGCUUGCAGUAUAUUGGAGUCAACGGGAGCAAUUCGCCCGAUGGAUCGUGAAAAAACAAUUGUGACGCGAGGGAGAAAGAUCACUUCAAACCUGACCAAAGCCAAGCAAUUGUUUGUUCGCGACUCCGUCGCCAAAUUCAUCUAUUCAAGUCUUUUUGACUGGCUUGUUGAGAUUGUCAACCUGGGUCUGGCAACUGACGAGGUUCUGAGUCGUGUAACUUCUUUCAUCGGUGUGCUUGAUAUCUACGGCUUCGAGCACUUCGCAAAGAACUCUUUCGAGCAGUUUUGCAUCAACUACGCCAAUGAAAAGCUGCAGCAAGAGUUUAACCAGCAUGUCUUCAAGUUAGAGCAAGAAGAAUACCUGAGGGAGGAGAUCGACUGGACAUUUAUCGACUUCUCGGACAAUCAACCCUGCAUCGACCUCAUUGAGGGCAAGAUGGGUGUUCUGGGUCUUUUGGACGAAGAAUCCCGUCUCCCCAUGGGCUCUGACGAGCAGUUUGUCACCAAACUCCAUCACCACUACGCUGCCGACAAGCAUCAGUUUUACAAGAAGCCGCGGUUCGGCAAGUCGGCAUUCACCAUCUGCCACUAUGCUGUAGACGUCACGUAUGAGUCUGAAGGCUUCAUUGAGAAGAACCGGGAUACAGUCCCUGACGAACAUAUGGAGGUCCUCAGGGCUACGUCCAAUCAGUUCCUGCGCCAGGUUCUUGAUGCUGCUUCUGCCGUCCGCGAAAAGGACGUAGCUUCUGCCUCCUCCAAUGCCGUAAAGCCUGCCGCCGGGCGGAAGAUUGGCGUGGCCGUCAACAGAAAACCGACGUUGGGUGGAAUCUUCCGCUCGUCCCUGAUCGAGCUCAUGAAUACCAUCAACAACACCGACGUCCACUACAUCCGCUGUAUCAAGCCAAACGAGGCCAAGGAAUCAUGGAAGUUUGAGGGGCCAAUGGUCCUCAGCCAGCUCCGAGCAUGUGGUGUCCUGGAAACCGUUCGCAUUAGUUGCGCAGGCUAUCCGACACGUUGGACAUACGAGGAGUUUGCGCUGCGAUACUACAUGCUCGUGCAUUCUGAUCAAUGGACGUCAGAAAUCCGGGACAUGGCCAACGCCAUCCUGACCAAGGCACUCGGCACGAGCUCGGGCAAGGGUAUGGACAAGUACCAGCUUGGCCUGACUAAGAUUUUCUUCCGUGCCGGCAUGCUUGCCUUUCUCGAGAAUCUUCGGACAAGUCGGUUGAAUGACUGCGCCAUCCUGAUUCAGAAGAACUUGCGGGCCAAGUUUUACCGCCAACGUUAUCUAGAAGCUCGCAGCGCCAUCAUUGUGUUCCAGUCGGCCACCCGGGCGUACUUGGCCCGCAAGACUGCGCAACAACUGCGUACGGUCAAGGCCGCAACGACGAUCCAGCGGGUGUGGCGGGGCCAGAAACAGAGAAAGCAAUUCCUCCGCAUCCGAAGCCACGUGGUUCUUGCCCAGGCAGCGGCCAAGGGCUACCUGCGCCGCCGCGAAAUCAUGGAGACACGAGUCGGAAACGCAGCAGUCCUCAUUCAACGCGUGUGGCGAUCGCGACGUCAGCUGCGGUCCUGGCGGCAGUACCGUAAGAAGGUUACGCUUAUUCAGAGCCUUUGGCGUGGUAAGCUGGCCAGGCAUGAGUAUAAGAAGAUUCGUGAGGAGGCUCGCGAUCUCAAGCAGAUCUCCUACAAGCUUGAGAACAAGGUGGUCGAGCUGACCCAGUCCUUGGGCUCCAUGAAGGCACAAAACAAGACUCUCGUAUCACAAGUGGAGAAUUAUGAGGGGCAGAUCAAAGCUUGGAAGAACCGACACAACGCUCUAGAGACACGCACCAAAGAGCUCCAGACUGAGGCCAACCAGGCCGGUAUCGCAGUUGCUCGUCUCCAGGCGAUGGAGGAUGAGAUGAAGAAGCUGCAACAAAGUUUCGAAGAGUCAACCGCCAACAUCAAGCGUAUGCAGGAAGAGGAGAGGGAGCUCAGGGAGUCUCUGCGUACGACCAAUACGGAGCUGGAAAGUGUGCGGCAGCAAAGCGUACAGAUCGACGAGGAGAAGUCGUCACUUCGCCAGCAACUAUCAGAGCUACAGGAUCAACUGGAGCUUGCUAGGAGGAUGGCGCCCGCUAACGGCGAAGUGAGCAACGGUACGGCACCUGCUGUUCCCGCUGCCAACGGCUUGAUCAACCUCGUGUCCUCCAAGAAGCCAAAGCGCAGGAGUGCAGGUGCUGAGCCUCGCGAGUUGGACCGCUUUAGUGCCGCAUACAACCCGCGUCCUGUUUCAAUGGCGGUUACGAGCAUUGCACACAGACAGAAUGCCGGCGGUGCAGGCUUCAUGCCCGGUGUCGAGAACAUCGAAAUGGAGCUCGAAACUCUUCUGGCUGAUGAAGAUGGCCUUAACGAAGAGGUUACGAUGGGAUUGAUCCGCAACCUCAAGAUACCGUCACCGAACACCAACCCACCCCCUUCAGACAAGGAGGUCCUUUUCCCGUCGUACCUCAUCAACCUAGUCACCUCAGAGAUGUGGAACAACGGCUUUGUGAAAGAGUCGGAACGCUUCUUGGCAAAUGUCAUGCAGUCGAUCCAGCAGGAGGUGAUGCAGCAUGAUGGCGAUGAGGCGAUCAACCCAGGCGCUUUCUGGCUCUCAAACGUGCACGAAAUGCUGUCUUUUGUUUUCCUCGCUGAAGACUGGUAUGAAGCACAGAAGUCGGACAAUUACGAGUAUGACCGCCUGCUUGAGAUCGUCAAGCAUGAUCUGGAGAGUUUGGAGUUCAACAUCUACCACACAUGGAUGAAGGUGCUCAAGAAGAAGUUGCACAAGAUGAUAAUUCCGGCCAUCAUCGAGUCACAGUCUUUGCCAGGAUUUGUGACCAACGAAAGCAGCCGCUUCCUCGGCAAGCUGCUCCAGUCAAACUCAACACCGGCCUACAGCAUGGACAAUCUUCUGAGCCUCCUCAACAAUGUCUUUAGGGCGAUGAAGGCUUACUACCUGGAGGACUCGAUCAUCACACAGACCAUUACUGAACUCCUUCGUUUAGUUGGCGUUACCGCAUUCAAUGACCUCCUUAUGCGGCGUAACUUCCUGUCGUGGAAGCGCGGUCUGCAGAUCAACUACAACAUCACUCGGAUUGAGGAGUGGUGCAAGAGUCACGACAUGCCCGAAGGCACCCUUCAGCUGGAACAUCUCAUGCAAGCUACAAAACUCUUGCAGCUCAAGAAGGCGACGUUGAACGACAUUGAGAUUAUUCAAGAUAUCUGCUGGAUGCUUUCCCCAAACCAGAUUCAAAAGUUGCUGAAUCAGUAUCUGGUUGCCGAUUAUGAACAACCUAUCAACGGCGAAAUCAUGAAAGCCGUUGCCUCUCGUGUGACUGAGAAGAGCGAUGUGCUGCUGCUUCAAGCUGUUGACAUGGAUGACAGCGGCCCGUAUGAAAUCGCGGAACCCAGGGCGAUCACGGCACUGGAGACCUAUACUCCUUCGUGGCUACAGACGCCUCGGCUGAAACGCCUCGCUGAGAUCGUGUCUGCACAGGCUAUCGCACAACAGGAAAAGCUCGAAUAUGGGCCGGAUGAUGAUGGCUUCGGCAACAAUGACGAUCUUGCUGAGGUGGAUGAGGAUGAACACGAAUUUGCGUCCAAGCGUCUUUCGGCUUGA